CUAGCAGCACCGUUGGAAAUCGCGCAUCUCAGCUGGACGACGACGCAAUUCGCCAAUUUACCAAACAAUAGAAUUAAAUUAAACUAGUAAAAUGUUCUCAAUUUUUGGGAAGCGCAAGCCAGCGGAAACACCCACAGACGAUCAGCCCAUUCAGGGGCCGGCGGAUGGAUCCCGACCAGGAACCAGUGGCGAUGAUUUCGUGUUUAUAGAGCGGAAACCCGGACCGGAUGCUCCUCAGGGGGCUUCCUCCGGUUCCAUGUACCCGCCUAUGCCGGCGGGCUAUCUACCCUACCCGCCGAUGCCAGGACCCAGGGGAGGAUUAGUGGGACCAGGAUCUGGUCCGGUGAAGCAGGCGGGCGCCCAAGGACCCGUCAACUACUUGCAGGACAUUCCCUUUGAGCUGGCACCCGGAUUGGCCACCAAGGAUCGCUACGCGAGCACCCAGAUGCAGGUGGACAGCAUCCUGGCGCUGCUCACGCGCCAAUUGUCCGUGGACGAACUGGCCGAGGAGUACACAUUCGCCCUGGAGAGAUCCGUGCAGAACGAGUGCUACUAGCGUUAGCCCACACAUUCACUGGUUAAUAUAAUAAAACGUUGCUUAUUUAAUUGUAAACUAUCGAGAGGUCAAUUUUCUGAAAUGCCUGAAAAAGUAUUUCAAGAAACCUGUAAUUUCCUAAUGCUCUUGCUAAAUUAAACUAUGUAUAUUCUACCAAUCUGUGUGUCAUGUUCCAAAUAGGAAAAUUUAACAAUGUUUUGUUAAUAAUUAUGUAUUUAGGGAGUUCCUUGUUUUUUAUGGAUGAACUAUUAAACUCUUAUUGCUAUUAUAAAGCCAUUUAUAAUAAUAAUAAUAAGUAAAUUCUUUCGCAAUUUUCUUAUACUCGGAAAAGACCCUUUUUAUAUAUUUAAAUUAAACUUUUUUAGUGACCUAAUUCAAUGCUUUCAUAUUUUAUUUAUGGUUAAGUUGUUCCCAAUAUUAAGUAGUAGAGUUUUACACAAAAGCAGUUCGGAUUGCAGGAGCCCCCAAAUUUAUAUAAAAAGUUACAUUUUACUCUAAUCUGUAUUACAUCUAUGAAACCGUUUUUAUGCCAAUAAGCCAUCCAUUCAGAACUUUUGAGAAAUAUCCAUUUAUAUUGUAACAAAAAAAAUUGGUAUUAUAAUUAUAAAGAGGCAAUAAAUGUAUUUUUUGAAAAAACA